UUUAAUCUGAUUCCAGCUAAAAAAAAAAACUAACGGUGGACAGAGUGGUUUCAGUUUCUGAAUAGACGAUCUUUGAGUCCGUGGGCGCCUGUGGUGCGUUUGCGCUACUCCGCCAGGAUGGACGAUGUGCCGCCGGGACCCGUCGUGUCAUGCGUCGCCAGUGCGGAGGUCCCAUCACGUCCCCCGUACCAGGCCGAGCCCGAAGGAGAGGAGGAGUCCAUGGCGGCAAAUGGCGCAAUGCUGACCUUCAACCACGCGCAUAUGAGGAAAGCCUUCCAGCUCAUGAACGACCUCAGAGGAAAGAAGAUGCUGUGUGACGUCCAGCUGGUGGCGGGAAGCGUGACGGUGGCCGCGCACCGCGUCGUCCUGGCGGCCUCCAGCCCCUAUUUCUGCGCCAUGUUCACAGGCGACAUGAGCGAGAGCAAGGCCCAGCAGGUGGAGAUCGGCGAGGUGGACGGCCCCACGCUGACCAAGCUGGUGGACUACAUCUACACGGCUCAGAUAGAAGUCACUGAGGACAACGUACAGGUUCUGCUGCCAGCCGCCAGUCUUCUCCAGCUGAUGGACGUGCGUCAGGCGUGCUGCGACUUCCUGCACUCUCAGCUCCAUCCUUCCAACUGCUUGGGCAUCCGAGCCUUCGCGGACACGCACGCGUGCACGCAGCUCGUCGGGCAGGCGCACGCGUACGCUGAGCAGCAUUUCUCCGAGGUGGUCCAGUGUGAGGAGUUUGCGUCUCUGUCCCUGCAGCAGGUCUGCAGCCUCUUCUCGAGCGACAAGCUCACCGUGGCCACCGAGGAGAAGGUGUUCGAGGCGAUGAUCUGGUGGAUCAAACAGGACAAAGGCGCCCGUGUGGAGCACAUGCCCAAACUGAUGGAGCACGUCCGCCUGCCGCUGCUGUCCAGGGACUACCUGGUGCAGAUAGUAGAAGAAGAAGCUCUGAUCAAGAACAACAACACGUGCAAGGACUUCCUCAUCGAGGCCAUGAAGUACCACCUGCUUCCCGCCGACCAGCGACACCUCAUCAAGACGGACAGGACGCGACCGCGCACGCCAGUCAGCAUCCCCAAGGUUAUGAUGGUGGUGGGCGGCCAGGCUCCCAAAGCCAUCCGCAGCGUGGAAUGUUACGACAUCCAAGAAGAUCGAUGGUACCGAGUCGCCGAGCUGCCGUCGAGACGCUGCCGAGCAGGCGUGGUGUCGGUCGGAGGUCGGGUGUACGCGGUGGGCGGCUUCAACAGCUCCCUGCGCGAGCGGACGGCGGACGUGUACGACGGCGCGCGGGAUCAGUGGAGCCCCGUGGCCAGCAUGCAGGAGAGACGCAGCACGCUGGGCGCGGCCACGUUGGGGGGGCUGCUGUACGCCGUGGGGGGCUUCAACGGCAGCAUAGGUCUGUCCACAGUGGAAGCGUACAACCCGAAAAGUGACGAGUGGACGUACGUGACGCCCAUGAACACGCGGCGGAGCAGCGUCGGCGUCGGCGUGAUUGACGGUAAGCUGUACUCUGUGGGCGGUUACGACGGAGCGUCCCGUCAGUGUCUCAGCACGGUGGAGGAAUACGACCCCGCUUCCGAUCAGUGGGGCUACGUCGCGGACAUGAGCACACGACGCAGUGGAGCAGGCGUGGGGGUGCUGGGCGGGCAGCUGUACGCGGCCGGCGGCCACGACGGACCCCUGGUGAGGAAGAGCGUGGAGGUUUACGACCCGUCCAGCAACACGUGGAGGCCCGUUUGUGACAUGAACAUGUGCCGCCGCAACGCCGGCGUGUGCGCCAUCAACGGUCUGCUCUACGUGAUCGGAGGCGACGACGGCUCGUGCAACCUUUCCUCCGUGGAGUUCUACGACGCGGCCGUGGACAAGUGGAGCCUCGUCCCCACCAACAUGAGCAACGGACGCAGCUACGCCGGCGUCGCAGUCAUCGACAAACCUUUCUGAGCGCAGCAGGCGCGCAAAACGUCUUGAUGUUUGACGCCGGUGAAAAGAGAACGGACACGAAACGUCACCGCCGCUUAAAAGGAGCCAAUCGGGAUUCGUUCCCGAAAGCGUUUCGGAUCUGGAUUGAGUUGCUGUUUACACUGCGGAGGACGCUCCAGAAUGAAAAGAGACUCGCUUUGGUGUCGAGCACACGUUUGUUCUCAAGCUCUCAGGACAGACGACUCGGGCGCCACUCGCUGGACCAACACCAGCAACGACAACAGCAUGUUUACACUCUUGUUUAUGUGGGCCAUGAAUAUAAGACAUCUGUAAAAGUGUAUUUUGAAGAUUCAAAAGGAUGUAAACGAAGUUUUGUAUGCUAAUCGGGAGGAAGAGAAACACUGCUGACGUCACGCACUACUGAUGCACUGAUGAUGAUGAUGAUGAUGAACAAAAUGGUGAUCCAUAGUGUUUCAAAUGUGCCAAAAGUACGCUGUACUCGUUUUAUCCAUAAGUAUAUUUACUGGCAACAAAAGCAAAAUACUUUUUUAAAGUGUCAAAAUGCACUGUAAAGUUUGACAGGCUUUGCUUAGUUAUUACACAGCAUUUAUAUUGUUUUGUCAAAAAGUUGAUUUUAAAUAAUACUCAAAUCUACACUGACACUGAUUAAAAACAUUUUUACAUUUAA